AUGGCCCCCGUUUCGGAGAAGCACUCGUUGAGCUGGAAGAAGGUGAUUACUCCAGCUGCUCUCAUUGAGAAGACUCAUGCCCGACAACCCGCUGCGCGUGACAAAGUGUUCGAGCGCCAUCUCCCGUUCUCGUGGCUGCGGUUCUUCAUCGGAGCUGUGUCGCUAGCUCUCGUUUUCGCCGACGUCUUACGCUCCGGUGUGGGCGUGUCGAAUCUUCAAGAUGUGUACCCAUCACUGCAGCCAGACGAAGUGGUAAGUUUUGAUACAUCGUGGAACUAUUCAGUGUUUGCGUCUACCAAAGAGGAAGCCAGAAAAGGCAGCACAACAGCACGUGUAUGGAGCUACAAGUACGACUCGACUUCGAUCACGUGGCGAGCAUUUGCACCGGCGAGGUGGCAUUCCGGAUGA